AUGCAGGCAGAGAGACCGAAUGGGGGGCACUGGGACUUCAGGAAGGAGGAGGACAGGAAGGAGUGGUACGACACGCUGGAGCGCGAGGAUCCGUACAUCCUCAUCGGAUCACCUCCUGCCACGGCGCUUGCAGAGCUGCAGGGUGCAUCCCGGCUCAGGCGGGACCCGGAGAAGGCCCCUCAAGAGCAAGAUCUUGCAGAACGUCAUCUUGAGGUGGCUUGUGAGAGCUACCGGAGGCAGAUGGCUCGGGGCAGGUACUUCGUGCACGAGCACCCCCACGAAGACAGCAGCUGGGACUCGACUGUCGUCCAGGAGCUGCUGGGGCAGAACGCCGUGGAAAGGGUCAGAGGAGCCGUGUGCAAGUGGAGCGCAAAGCCUGCGGGCCAAGGAGAGCCCCCUUCAGGCGUGCAAGGGUUCAUCCGGAGGCGAGCCGGAUUUAUGACCAACAUGCCCGAGCUUGCGCUGGAGCUCAAAAAGGGGUGCUCUGACGACGCGGGGCCAGAGCAGCACCGGCAUGUGCCACUGACAGGCGGCUUGGCCCGCAGGGCACAAGUGCAUCCUCCGAUGCUGGCGCGAUGUGUCCUACGAGCAGUAAAAGAGUCCAUGAAGAAAGAUGGAUCUCUCUCUGGCCUGGCGGAGGCUACGGCUGGCCCGGUACCUACAGAGCCCGACACCUACGAGCAGGGCAGAUCGUUCUUGGAGGAGCACGAGAGGUACUGGGACGACGUCAACGGAGGUUGGCUGGACCCCGCCAUGGACGGCCACGAGGCAGGCAGGGCGAACCCGGCCCUCUUCUAUAGGAAGGUCGACGACUGUCGGUCCUUAGUGCAUGGUGAUGACUUCUGCGCCAUGGGCGACGACGACGCCUUGGACCAGAUCGAGCACACCUUGCGGAAGAAGUAUAACUUGAAGGUGACUGGAAGCUUCGAGCUCGGCUCAGGAGAGGAACAGGAGGUCGUUUUCUUGAACAGGAUUCUACGAGUGACCGGAAGCCCCGGAGAGGAACGUUUCGAGGUCGAAGCUGAUCCACGGCACGCAGAGAUGAUAGUUCGAGACAUGGGCCUCGAAAAGGAAUCCGCUAAGACACUAGAUGUUCCUGGGCUGAAGAAGGAGGAGGCCGAAGCGGAGGAGCGGUUAGCCUCGCCCCCGCUUGUCGGCGACGACAUCCGGUUGUACCGCAGUGUGACCAUGCGACCAUCAUACUUAGCACCAGAUCGGGCUGACAUUGGAGAUGCAGUAAAGAAUCUGGCUAAGCACAUGCAGAGCCCGAAGCAGGUCGACAUGGCCAGGCUCAAGAGGCUGGCAAGAUACCCGAAAGGAAGACCCCGGGUGGUGCAGGUUCUCCGCAGGAACAAGCACAUCGACAGGGGUAGUCCUUUGCCCAUCUUGGUCAUGGUGGACAGCGACAACGCUGGCGACAAGAUCAGCCGACGGUCUACUGUCGGGCAGGUCGUUUUCGUCGGCAGCCAGGUGGUGAAGCACGCUUGCAACCUGUUGCAGGUGGUAGGACUUUCCUCCGGAGAGAACGAGUACUACGCCAUCAGCGCCGGCGCCUGCACCGGAUUAGGCAUCCAAGGCUUGUUGGAGGACUGGCAGGUCCCAUCUAAAGUCAAGGUGGUGUCGGACUCUUCCGCGGCGCGCGGCUUUGCUUCGCGCCGGGGCGUUGGGAAGCUCAAGCAUGUUCAGACCCGCUACUUGUGGGUGCAGGAGAGGAUCGUCAUGCAGCACCUGGAGUUGGGCAAGAUCGGUACGGCCGAGAACCGGAGCGACCUAUUGACUAAGCCAUUGGGUCGUAAGGAGAUCGACGUCCACAUGAAGGGUAUCAACCAGGAGUACAGGAGCGGCAGACCG